CCCGCCUCUGUCGCCAUUUUGACUGUUGUGUGUCUGUUUCGUGCAGGGAGGGAAAAUAAAAUUUGAUAGUCCGGAGGAGUAAAUAUCAGACAGAUUUACCCGGUGUGCAGGCGUAUUUACCUUCUCUUAAACCCUUCUUCUCUCUGAGGAGGAGGGUGUUUUAUUUGGCUGGUUUCUGAGGAGAGUUUUGCGCAUAAGCCGUCAUGUACAUUAAACAGGUGAUUAUUCAGGGGUUUCGCAGCUACAGAGAUCAGACUGUGGUUGACCCCUUCAGCUCCAAACACAAUGUUAUAGUUGGAAGAAAUGGAUCAGGAAAGAGUAACUUCUUUUAUGCCAUUCAGUUUGUACUCAGUGAUGAGUUCAGUCAUCUUCGUCCAGAGCAGCGUCUGGCUCUGCUUCACGAAGGCACUGGUCCUCGAGUCAUUUCAGCCUUUGUGGAAAUUAUAUUCGAUAACUCUGACAACAGGCUGCCGAUUGAUAAAGAGGAGGUGUCUCUGCGCCGUGUCAUCGGAGCAAAGAAAGACCAGUACUUCUUGGACAAAAAGAUGGUCACUAAGAACGACGUGAUGAACCUGUUAGAGAGCGCUGGUUUCUCCCGCAGCAACCCUUACUACAUCGUCAAGCAGGGAAAGAUCAAUCAGAUGGCAACAGCGCCUGACUCCCAGCGUCUGAAGCUGCUCCGGGAGGUGGCCGGCACCAGAGUCUACGAUGAGCGCAAAGAGGAGAGUAUCUCGCUCAUGAAGGAAACAGAGGGCAAGCGAGAGAAGAUUAAUGAGCUGCUGAAGUACAUCGAGGAGCGUCUGCACACUCUGGAGGACGAGAAAGAGGAGCUGGCUCAGUACCAGAAGUGGGACAAAAUGAGAAGAGCUCUAGAGUACACCAUCUACAACCAGGAGCUCAACGAGACGCGGGCCAAACUGGACGAGUUGUCCUCUAAGAGAGAGACCUGUGGAGACAAAUCUAGACAACUGCGAGAUGCUCAACAGGAUGCUCGAGACAAAGUGGAGGAGACUGAGCGUGUGGUGAGGGAGCUGAAGUCUCGAAUCUCCGCCAUGAGGGAGGAGAAAGAACAGCUGAGCGCCGAGCGACAGGAGCAGAUCAAACAGAGGACCAAACUGGAGCUCAAGGCCAAAGAUCUGCAGGACGAGCUGGCAGGAAACAGUGAACAGAGGAAACGGCUGCUUAAAGAGCGUCAGAAGCUUCUGGAGAAGAUUGAAGAAAAACAGAAGGAGCUGCAGGAAACAGAACCCAAAUUUAACGCUGUGAAAGAAAGAGAGGAGCGAGGAAUUUCCCGACUGGCUCAAGCCACACAGGAGCGAACAGACCUGUAUGCCAAACAGGGCCGGGGCAGUCAGUUCACCUCUAAAGAAGAGAGGGACAAAUGGAUCAAGAAGGAGCUGAAGUCUCUGGAUCAAGCCAUCAACGACAAGAAACGGCAGAUCGCUGCCAUCCACAAAGAUCUGGAGGACACCUAUGAAAAAGUCUUCUCGUCGGAAUCAGGAGAGAAAUAUUAUACGAGGAAAUCAAACACUGUUUACAUGGAAAAACAGUCCAAAACGGUUCUCAAAAGAAUAUUUCGGCUGCAGAAACUGGACCAGGACUUGAGUGAAGUGAAGACUCGAGUGGAAGAGCUGGACAAGAAGUACUACGAGGUGAAGAACCGAAAAGAUGAACUUCAGAGCGAGAGAAACUACCUGUGGAGAGAGGAGAACGCAGAGCAGCAGGCGCUGGCAGCCAAACGAGAAGAGCUGGAGAAGAAACAACAGCUACUGCGAGCAGCCACCGGAAAGGCUAUUUUGAAUGGCAUCGACAGCAUUAAUAAAGUAUUGGAACAUUUCCGCCGGAAGGGCAUCAACCAGCACGUCAUCAACGGUUACCACGGCAUCAUCAUGAACAACUUUGAGUGCGAACCUGCCUUCUACACCUGUGUGGAGGUGACCGCUGGCACCAGGCUGUUUUACCACAUCGUGGAAACGGAUGAAGUGAGCACUAAGAUUCUGAUGGAGUUCAAUAAGAUGAACUUGCCAGGAGAGGUCACCUUCCUGCCCCUCAGCAAACUGGACGUCAGGGACACCGCUUACCCUGAGACUAACGAUGCAAUCCCCAUGAUCAGCAAGCUCCGUUACAGCCCAAACUUCGACAAGGCCUUCAAACACGUGUUUGGGAAGACGCUGAUCUGCCGCAGCAUGGAGGUGUCCACUCAGCUGGCUCGAGCUUUCACCAUGGACUGCAUCACACUGGAGGGUGAUCAGGUGAGUCAUCGUGGCGCUCUGACCGGUGGCUACUACGACACACGUAAGUCCCGUCUGGAGCUGCAGAAGGACAUGAGGAAGGCCGAGGAGGAGCUCGGAGAACUGGAGGCCAAACUCAACGAGAACCUGCGUAGAAAUAUUGAACGUAUCAAUAACGAGAUUGAUCAGCUGAUGAAUCAGAUGCAGCAGAUCGAGACCCAGCAGAGGAAGUUCAAGGCAUCCAGAGACAGUAUACUGUCUGAGAUGAAGAUGCUGAAGGAGAAGAGACAGCAGUCAGAGAAAACAUUUAUGCCCAAGCAACGCAGUCUUCAGAGUCUGGAGGCCAGUCUGCACGCCAUGGAGAGCACGCGGGAGUCUCUGAAGGCCGAGCUGGGGACAGACCUGCUCUCUCAGCUCAGUUUAGAAGACCAACGCAGAGUGGACGACCUCAACGACGAGAUCAGACAGCUGCAACAGGACAACAGACAGCUGCUGAAUGAGAGAAUUAAGCUGGAGGGAAUCAUGACCCGAGUGGAGACGUACCUCAACGAGAACCUGCGCAAACGUCUCGACCAAGUCGAGCAGGAAUUGAAUGAACUGAGAGAAACCGAAGGAGGAACUGUCCUCACAGCGACAACGUCAGAGUUAGAUGGCAUUAAUAAACGCAUAAAAGACACUUUGGCUCGGUCUGAGGACUUGGACACCCUCAUCGAUAAGACGGAGGUGGAAAUAAAGGACCACCAGAAGAGUAUGGAGCGCUGGAAGAACAUCGAGAAGGAGCAGAACGAAGCCAUCAACCACGACACAAAGGAGCUGGAGAAGAUGACCAACAGACAGGGCAUGUUACUGAAGAAGAAAGAGGAAUGCAUGAAAAAGAUUCGCGAGCUGGGCUCCCUGCCGCAGGAGGCCUUUGAAAAGUACCAGACGCUGACACUUAAACAGUUGUUCAGGAAGCUGGAGCAGUGUAACACAGAGCUGAAGAAGUACAGCCAUGUGAAUAAAAAAGCCCUGGACCAGUUCGUCAAUUUCUCAGAGCAGAAAGAGAAGUUGAUUAAGAGGCAGGAGGAGCUGGAUAGAGGUUACAAAUCCAUCAUGGAGCUCAUGAACGUCUUGGAGCUGCGCAAAUACUAUAACAUCCAUCAAACAUUCAAAAAGGUGUCUAAGAAUUUCAGCGAGGUAUUUCAGAAGCUGGUGCCCGGCGGUAAAGCCACUCUGGUGAUGAAGAAGGGCGACACUGAAGGUGGUCAGUCUCAGGACGAGGGCGAGGGAGCGGACAGUGAGAGGGGAUCUUCCUCCCAGAGCAGUGUGCCCAGUGUAGACCAGUUCACUGGAGUGGGCAUCAGGGUGUCGUUCACAGGUAAACAGGGAGAGAUGAGAGAGAUGCAGCAGCUCUCUGGGGGUCAGAAGUCUCUGGUGGCUCUGGCUCUCAUCUUUGCCAUCCAGAAAUGCGACCCUGCUCCUUUCUACCUGUUUGAUGAAAUCGACCAGGCUCUAGACGCCCAGCACCGAAAAGCAGUGUCAGACAUGAUCGUGGAGCUGGCUGGGCAUGCUCAGUUCAUCACCACGACCUUCAGACCUGAGCUUCUGGAGUCAGCUGAUAAGUUCUACGGCGUCAAAUUCAGAAACAAGGUGAGUCACAUCGAUGUGAUCUCAGCAGAGCAGGCGAAGGACUUUGUGGAGGACGACACCACUCACGGCUAAGAGGAACUAUACACCUGUAUCACUCAUGUUCCUCGUUUCUCACCCCCGUCUCUAACUGGUGUGUUUCCUUUAAAAAGCCCAGUUGGAAUGAAUGCAACGUUUUUUUUCUUGUAUUCCGAAGAGGAUAUACUGACUAAUUGUUGUUUUACAGCUAUUUUAUAUUUUCUUCUCUCUUGUUAAUUCUCAUAUUGCAAGGAUAAACACUGAACAUGUUUUUCAGUAUUUUGAUGAAAUGUGCCCUGCUUUACACCUGCAUCAGCCCGGGGUAUAUAAAGUUGAGGAAGUUCAGUCGCUCUGUUUCAGAGUUAAGCUUCAUGUGUAGUGGCUGAGACUGAAUACACCGGUAGGUGUGUGUUAAAGAGCUGCGGUUUGCAGUCUGCUCGUUUUGGCACUGGCUCUCUCUUCCUCAAUACUCUAAACCAGCAUGAGCUGUUCCUUCAUACUCCCUUUUUUUAAAGCGAUCUACGAGAGAGGCUCGUUUUGUAGGUUUCCCGAAGCCUAAAUGUUUUUAUCAUUGUUUUGUUGGUUUCAUUUCUUCUUUAGGUCAUUGUGAUUUAUAGUCUUUUGAUGUGUCUUCUGUUAUCCAAAAAUAAUAAAAUAACCCUGGUCUUUA